UGUUAAUUCAUUCGACUGUGAUUGGCAAAUUAUUUUAAACAACAUUUGGAACCUAUUAGUUUAUUUUGCUACCAAAACAGUGAUUCUCCCACUAGACCACUGGCUGCCCGUGCAAAAAACAUUUUGACUACACUGGUCGCACCCUUUAAAACUCAGUUAGACCAUAGUGUAUUUACGCAAUAGUCAACAAUAGAUGGCAGUAGAGAAGAUGGAAGAGGAAUUAAAAGACGAAAAGGGAAAAAGAAGAAGGCAACGAAGAAGAAAAAGCUGUCAACAUGGCGAUCCAAGCAGCAUAAUAACACGGAGCUCCGCAGUUCAUACCUUCAAAAGGUCCUUGAAUGUUUUUUCUGCCGGUGAAUAUCUAAAUGUGAUCAGCAUGGAUGCUGUCAGAACCACAAAGAUCUCAUGGUGCUUGCAGGAGUUUGAGGCUCACUCAAGCAAGGUCUCAUGUUUGGCACUGGGAAAAAGCUCAAGCCGCCUGCUGGCUACAGGAGGAGAUGACUGCCGGGUGAACAUCUGGACUGUGAGCAAGGCCAACUGCAUCAUGAGUCUGACUGGUCCCAAAAACCCAGUGGAGUGUGUACAGUUCAACACGUCAGAGGAGCAGGUUGUAGCUGGUUCACAAUCUGGAUCAGUUCUAAUCUGGGACCUGCAGGCUGCUAAGAUUUUAAGGACUCUGAUGGGACAUAAAGCAAGUAUUACCAGUCUUGGCUUUCACCCUUUUGGGGACUUUCUUGCCUCUAGCUCCAUGGACACAAACAUCAAGCUGUGGGAUGUUCGGAGGAAAGGAUAUGUGUUCAGGUAUAAGGGUCACACCCAGACAGUGCGCAGUCUGGCCUUCAGUCCAGAUGGGAAGUGGUUAGCUUCUGCUGGAGACGACUGCACCGUCAAGCUGUGGGACCUGACUCAGGGAAAGACAAUCACAGAGUUCAAGUCGCACACUGCAGCUGUCAAUAUUGUGCAGUUCCAUCCUAAUGAGUAUCUUUUGGCAUCGGGGAGCUGUGACAGCACCAUCAAGCUGUGGGAUCUGGAGAAAUUUGUCAUGGUUGGUUCACUGGAGGGCGAUAUUUCUCCCAUAAGGUGUUUAUCUUUCAGCCCAAAUGGUAGCUGCCUGUACAGUGGAUCCAAAGACUCUCUGCGCGUCUUUGGCUGGGAGCCUGACCGCUGCUUUGACGUUGUAAAUGUGGGUUGGGGCAGAGUUUCAGAUCUGGCAGUCUGCAACCAGCAACUGAUUGGUGUGUCUCACCAGCUGUCCAGUGUGUCCUCGUACGUUGUUGAUUUAAAGAGAAUAAAACAGAGCAGCGGCUCUGUCAUCAAAGGAAUCGUCCAGAACAAUGAACCUCUCGCUGAACCAAAAGAUGUAAAAGGGGCUGCAUUGCGGAAGAGCUAUGAAAGACCAACAACUACUUGUGGCUCGCAGAGCGUGAAGCAAAGGGCGGACACGGAUCGACCAAGCCCUGAUGGUGAGCGGCGAAGUCCCAGUGAAGAUGAGGCGGAUGAGAAAACGUCGUCGGCGGAGAUACAUAACGCUGAAGACCACAAGGAAAUCUUUCAACCCAAGAACCACAUCUCUCGGACUCCACCCAAGAUGUCUGAACCUUUUCCUGCUCCUCCAGAAGACGAGACAUUCGUAACAACUGGCCACCAACUGAGCGACGUGAUGUCGCCGUUUAUCGGAAAGAUGCAGGUUCCUCCAAUAGCGUCCUCUACUCCUGUCCAAAGAGUGGAACCCACAGUCAUCUCCAGUGUGCACCCCCAAGUCUCCUCCACUGUUGGCCCCAAGUCUUGCUACCCUCCUCCUUCUCCUCAACCUGCCGUCAUCACUGCCAGGCCUACAACUCAAACCAAUAUCAUUCCUUGUUCCAGAAACGAGUCCAUUGGAUUGAAUGUAGCUGACUUCCUGCUGUUUUGCCCCAACAACAAACGGGCGGCCCUGACUGAUGAUGAGGCUUUGUCUCAAAUCAAGAAAGGUCACGACACCAUGUGUGUAAUGCUGAGCAGCCGACUAAAGAACUUGGAGACGGUGCGUGCUGUUUGGAUUAGGGAGGACGUGAAGAGUGCUCUGGAAUCUGCUGUCUCCAUGAACGAUCUUUCUAUCGUUGUAGACAUUCUCAACAUCAUCAACCUACAACCGACUGUGUGGAAACUAGACCUUUGUACAACAGUACUUCCUCAGCUCGACAAACUGCUGCAGAGUAAAUAUGAGAGCUACAUGCAGACUGGCUGCACAUCACUGAAGCUCGUCAUGAAACAUUUUUGGAUGCUUAUCGCAGACACGCUGAAGGCUGUGCCGUCUGUCGGAGUAGACAUCACACGGGAGGAACGUCAUCUGAAAUGCAGACUGUGCUACAAGCAGCUGAAGAGCCUCGGCAACAUAACAAAGAUCAAGGCGGCGCAGGUGGGUCGACAUGGAAGCACGUUCAAAGAACUGCAGCUGCUCAUGGAGCCCCUCAACGACACGCCCUGAUCUUCAAACGAGAUUUUUCGAAUCCCGGUCGAGGAACACCACGUGAACAAACUGAUCGGCAAACGCAGCAGCUGAUGGGCACAGAAAUUUUUUUUUUUUUUAAUACAACAGGAUCCCUGCCAAAGGCGUAGAGGAAGACGAUGGACGAGUUUCCAUACUGUGGACUUACACGAAGUCAAUGGAGACCAUUGGUGAUAGAGCAAACGUGGCAAGGUACCGAAGGAAAAAAAAAAAUCAGAAACAUGGAUCAUUGAUUUUGGCUACGUGAGAGGAUUGAUGUUUACCACAAUUUUUAUCCCUCCGCACAUUAGGAGUAUUUGAUGUUGCAUAACCAUCGUUAGUACUGGAAAAAAAAAAGGGUGUUUGGGUCGGACGAGGAUGGUUGAUGAUGACAUAAGCUGAGGGCACCAGGAAUAAUUAACACUGACUGAUUUGUGAGCUUUCACUUUUCUACUGUUUUAAAUGUACAUUUCCUAAUUAAUAAAUAAAGUCAAACAUUACAGCA